CUCUCUUCCCUUCUCUCUGCGAGACUGCUUCUUCUUUCUUUGUUUCUUCUUCCCGUCAAGAAGCAGCUCAAUUGACCCAUCCCAUCAACUGACCACCCACCACCCAAAGCCCCGCUAGAUCGCCGGAGCCGGCCAUGGACGCCCGCCGGAGACCGAGCUCCCGGCGACCGUACCCGCUCUAGCAACAACAACAACAGAAAAAAAAUGCCAGCUCCGACACCCCUUUAAACCUCCCCCGACCCUCAAAGGCCCGAAAUUUAUUUUCUUACCCUCCUCCAAGAAGAAGGAAGAGAGGCAAGGACCGGGACGAGGACGACCCCCGUUUGGUUAAAUGGCGGCCACCACAAACACCUCGCAGCCGCCGCCGGCGGCCCAGGUGGACUCGGUCUCGGUGUCGGCCUCGGCCGACGAGCUGACGGCCAAGGCCGUGAACAAGCGCUACGAGGGGCUCGUCAUGGUACGGACCAAGGCCAUCAAGGGGAAGGGCGCGUGGUACUGGGCGCACCUCGAGCCCAUGCUCGUCCACAACGCCGACACCGGCCUCGCCAAGGCCGUGAAGCUCCGGUGCUCCCUCUGCGAGGCCGUCUUCUCCGCCUCCAACCCGUCGCGGACCGCCUCCGAGCACCUCAAGCGCGGCACCUGCCCCAACUUCGCCUCCGUCCCCAAGCCCAUUUCCUCCAUCUCCCCCUCCGGCACCCCCGUGGUCACCCCGCCGCAGCCGUCGUCCUCGGCGGCAGCUCCCGGCGGUGGCCACCGAAAGCGGAGCAGCUCCUCCGGCCGCUCGGUGCACUCCUACGAUGCGUCCCCGCUCGCGAUAGUGGAUCCGACCCGGUUCUGCCCCGAGUUCAGCCCCUCGAUGACUGUGGUCCCUCACCAUCAGCAUCAUCAGCAGCAGCACCACCAUCAGCAACAGCAUUUGGUCUUGUCGGGUGGGAAGGAGGAUUUCGGGGCCUUGGCCAUGUUGGAGGACAGCGUCAAGAAGCUCAAGAGCCCGAAAACCUCGCCGAGCCCGACCCUAAGCAAGACCCAGAUUGACACCGCCCUCGAUCUCUUGGUGGAUUGGGUGUACGAGUCUUGCGGGUCCGUCUCGUUCUCGAGCUUCGAGCACCCCAAGUUCCGAGCUUUCCUCAACCAGGUGGGCUUGCCUGCGGUCUCGAGGAGGGAUUUCACGGGUUCGAGGCUGGAUGUCAAGUACGAGGAAGCUAAGGUCGAGUCGGAAGUGAGGAUUAAGGACGCUAUGUUCUUUCAGUUGGCGUCGGAAGGGUGGAAGUACCGGGAUUAUGGAGGGUUUAGCGAAGAGAAUUUAGUGAAUUUGACUGUUAAUCUGCCUAAUGGGACAAGUUUGUAUAGGAGGGCACUGUUUGUUAGUGGCUCAGUGCCUUCUAAGUAUGCAGAGGAGGUCUUAUGGGAGACGGUGACUGGGAUUUGCGGUAAUGCAGUUCACCAGUGCGUCGGUAUUGUCGCCGACAGGUUCAAGGCCAAGGCGUUACAGAAUCUGGAGAAUCAGAAUCCGUGGAUGGUCAAUGUUUGCUGUCAGAUUCAGGGAUUGAGCAGCUUGAUCAAGGACUUCAGCAGGGAGCUUCCUUUGUUCAAGAACGUCACCCAGAAUUGCUUGAAGCUCGCUAAAUUCAUCAACAACAACGGCCAAAUCAGGAAAAGCUUCCAUAAGUAUCAGAUGCAGGAGUAUGGCCACGCUGGGUUAUUGAGAAUUCCUUCGCACGGUUACGAAAAUCUGACCUUUGGCAUUGGGCCUGUUUACAUAAUGCUGGAAGACAUAUUGAAUUCGUCUCGGGCAUUGCAGUUAGUUUCGUUAGAUGAGUCGUAUAAGAUGAUAUCCAUGGAGGAUCCUGUUGCGGGAGAAGUUGCUGAGAUGAUUCGGGAAAUGGGGUUUUGGAAUGAAGUGGAGGCAAUGCACUCCUUGAUCAAGCUAGUGAAGAGCAUGGCAAGAGAGAUUGAAACCGAGAGGCCAUUGAUUGGGCAAUGCCUCCCGCUCUGGAAUGAUCUCCGUUCCAAAGUGAAAGGUUGGUGCUCGAAGUACCACAUCGCAGAGGGACUAAUCGAGAAAAUAAUCGAUAGACGGUUCGAUAAGAACUAUCACCCGGCUUGGGCUGCAGCAUUCGUUCUCGACCCCCUGUAUUUGAUCAGGGAUACUAGUGGGAAGUACCUCCCUCCAUUCAAAUGCUUGACCCCCGAGCAAGAGAAGGAUGUGGACAAGCUCAUAACUCGGCUUGUGUCGAGGGAAGAGGCGCACAUUGCCUUAAUGGAGCUCAUGAAGUGGAGGACGAUGGGUCUCGAUCCGGUAUAUGCGAAAGCGGUGCAGAUGAAGGAGCGUGAUCCUCUCACUGGAAAGAUGAGGAUUGUCAACCCUCAAAGCAGCCGGUUGGUGUGGGAAACUCACCUCACCGAGUUCAAGUCGCUCGGGAAAGUCGCGGUUAGGCUAAUUUUCCUCCACGCGACUUCCUGCGGGUUCAAAUGCAAUUCGUCCUUCUUGAGAUGGGUGUCCUCCCAUGGGCACUCGAGGGAAGGAAUCGAGAGGGCUCAAAAGCUGAUUUUCAUCGCCGCUCAUUCCAAACUCGAGAGGAGGGAUUUCUCGAGCGACGAAGAUAAGGACGCGGAGCUAUUUGCAUUGGCAAAUGGUGAGGAUGAUGUGCUAAAUGAGGUUCUUGUUGAUGCACCAUCUGUGUAACAUUUUUUUUUUCCUUCUUUCCUUCCCUUUUCUUUUUAGUUACACCUCCUUAGGAUCUUGAAAUUGUAGGAUUUAUUGAAUUCUUUCCACUACCUCUUUUUCCUUCUGUGUAAUUGUUCACCUAGAGAAGUUCUGGCAGUUGAGUGGGAGGAGAAAAUGACAUUGAAUAGGGUAUUGAGUUGAGCCUCUGUAUUUCUCAUAUUGCAUCAACGAAAAAAUUAUGGA